GGGGCAGCUGGAGGAGCCCAGCAGGGGUGACCCAGGCCUCAGGCCUCCCGACCAGGUCAGAAGCCCACCAGCCAGCCAACCCACCAGCUGGCCCUCACCCCCUGAUCCUGGUCUCCAGAGCAAUGAGUGGUGGGCAGAGGUUCCUUAAGGGGCUUCUGGGCGGGGUCUGUGGAUGGACUCCGGCCUGGAGAGUCGGGUUUGCCAUGAGGGGCUGUGGCCUGCAUGCCCCGUGCCCAGAGAUCACACCUGAGGAGCUGCCCAGGAGAGAUGGGGCUGAUGCAGUGUCCCUGGCACCCAGCCUGGAACCACCAAGUGUGGCCUUGAAUGCCAAGGCCACGGGCACACUCAAGAGGCCCACCAGCCUAAGCCGCCACGCCAGCGCUGCCGGCUUCCCACUGUCCGGAGCCAGCACCUGGACGCUGGGCCGUGGCCACCGCAGCCCACUGUCAACAGCCAGCCCAGCUGAGGGACCCAUCCAGGGACCCUGCCCCGACACUGUGGAGGACAUCUCCCACCUGCUGGCUGACGUGGCCCGCUUCGCCGAGGGCCUUGAGAAGCUGAAGGAGUGUGUUCUGCGUGAAGACCUCCUAGAGGCCCGCCGGCCGCUUGCCCAUGAGUGCCUGGGUGAGGCCCUCCGCGUGAUGCACCAGGUCAUCUCCAAGUACCCACUGCUGAACACCGUGGAGUCGCUCACAGCUGCCGGCACCCUCAUUGCCAAGGUCAAAGCCUUCCAUUAUGAGUGCAACAAUGAUUCAGACAAGCAGGAGUUUGAGAAGGCCUUGGAGACCAUCGCAGUCUCCUUCAGCAGCACUGUGUCCGAGUUCCUCAUGGGUGAAGUGGACAGCAGCAUCCUCCUCUCAGUGCCCCCUGGGGACCCGGGCCAGGUGAGCAGGGAUGGCCUGGGUGCUGCAGCACGGGGUCAGGCUGGCAGGGCGGGUGAGUCCCCCCCUGCCCGCUCUGUGGACCGUGGUCUCCCGCUCUGUCCAGGGGGGGCGGUGACUGUCUCCUGCAGGGUGGGCAUCAAACAGGACCCAGCCCGGACUGGACUCACCUGUCUCCCUCUGGUACAGUCCAUGGAGAACCUGUAUGGACAGGGGAGCGAGGGUGCCCCGCCCAGCAGUGAGGACUGUGAUGAGGGCUGCCUCUCCCCGGAGGCGGUGGACACGCUGCUGCAGCGCUGUGAGGGGGGUGUGGACGCCGCGCUGCAGUACGCCAAGAACAUGGCCAAGUACAUGAAGGACCUCAUCGGCUACCUGGAGAAGCGGAGCGCGCUGGAGAUGGACUUUGCCAAAGGCCUGCAGAAGAUCGUCCAGAACUGCAGACAGAGCGUCAUGCAGGAGCCGCACAUGCCCCUCCUGUCCAUCUACUCGCUGGCCCUGGAGCAGGACCUGGAGUUCGGCCACGGCCUGGUGCAGGCGUUGGGCACGCUGCAGACCCAGACCUUCGUGCAGCCCCUGAACCUGCGGCGGCUCGAGCACGAGAAGCGCAGGAAGGAGAUCAAGGAGUCUUGGCACCGUGCCCAGAGGAAGCUGCAAGAGGCAGAGUCCAAUCUGCGCAAGGCCAAGCAGGGCUACGUUCAGCGCUGCGAAGACCACGACAAGGCCCGCUUCCUAGUGGCCAAGGCGGAGGAAGAGCAGGCGGGCGCUGGCCCAGGUGCAGGGGGCGUGGCCUCCAAGACCCUGGACAAGAGGCGGCGCCUGGAGGAGGAGGCCAAAAACAAGGCGGAGGAGGAAGCCAUGGCCACGUACCGCACGUGCGUGGCAGACGCUAAGACGCAGAAGCAGGAGCUUGAGGACACCAAGGUGACGGCGCUCCGGCAGAUCCAGGAAGUCAUCCGGCAGAGCGACCAGACCAUCAAGUCGGCCACCAUCUCCUAUUACCAGAUGAUGCACAUGCAGACGGCCCCGCUGCCUGUGCACUUCCACAUGCUGUGCGAGAGCAGCAAGCUGUACGACCCGGGCCAGCAGUACGCCUCCCACGUGCGCCAGCUGCAGCGCGGCGAGGAGCCAGACGUGCACUACGACUUCGAGCCCCACGUCUCCGCCAACGCCUGGUCCCCGGUCUUGCGCGCCCGAAAGGGCAGCUUCAACGUCAGCGAUGCCGCGGUGGCGGAGGCCGCGGGCUGCCCCCCGGAGGAAGGUGGGCUCGGCGACGGGGAGCUUGCCAAGGAGCGCAGGGGUGGGCGCGGACACCAGGUGCACAAGUCGUGGCCGAUCGCCAUCUCAGACUCUGACGCCAGUCUGGACCCCAGCCCUGGCUCAGGGGACUUUAAGAAGUUCGAGCGCAUGUCUUCCAGUGGCACCAUGUCGUCCAGCGAGGAGCUGGCUGACCAGGAGGGCAGCACAGGCGCAUCAGCCUUUGACCAGGAUGACCUCAAUGGCAUGGCCCCGGAGCUGCCUGUGGCCAUGCCCAGAGGGCCCUUCCGCCACGUGGGGCUGUCCAAGGCGGCCCGUACCCACCGGCUCCGGAAGCUCCGCACGCCGGCCAAGUGCCGGGAGUGCAACAGCUACGUGUACUUCCAGGGCGCCGAGUGUGAGGAGUGCUGCCUGGCCUGCCACAAGAAGUGCCUGGAGACCCUGGCCAUCCAGUGUGGCCACAAGAAGCUGCAGGGCCGCCUGCAGCUCUUUGGCCAGGACUUCAGCCAGGCCGCCCGCAGCACCCCGGACGGCGUGCCCUUCAUCGUCAAGAAGUGUGUCUUCGAGAUCGAGCAGCGGGCGCUGCGCACCAAGGGCAUCUACCGGGUCAAUGGGGUGAAAACGCGCGUGGAGAAGCUGUGCCAGGCCUUCGAGAAUGGCAAGGAGCUGGUGGAGCUGUCGCAGGCCUCGCCCCAUGACAUCAGCAACGUCCUCAAGCUCUACCUGCGCCAGCUGCCUGAGCCGCUCAUCUCCUUCCGCCUCUACCAUGAGCUUGUGGGGCUGGCCAAGGACAGUCUGAAGGCAGAGGCCGAGGCCAAGGCGGCAACCCGAGGCCGGCCAGAUGUCACUGAGAGAGAGGCUGUGGCCGUGGCCAUGGCGGGCCGGCUGCGGGAGCUCCUGCGGGACCUGCCGCCGGAGAACUGGGCCACGCUGCAGUACCUGAUGCGGCACCUGCGCAGGAUCGUGGAGGUGGAGCAGGACAACAAGAUGACGCCGGGGAACCUGGGCAUCGUGUUUGGGCCCACGCUGCUGCGGCCCCGGCCCACGGAGGCCACCGUGUCCCUCUCCUCCCUGGUGGACUACCCCCACCAGGCCUGCAUCUUGGAGACCCUCAUCACCCACUACAGCCUGGUCUUUGAGGAGGAGCCCGAGGUGGCAUCCGGGUGCCAGGAUGUGACGUCCAACCAGGGGGCCGAGGUGGUGGUCCAGGAGCCGUACCCGGAGGUCAGCGGGGGCGCGGCCUUCCCCCUGCUGGAGGAGGCUGAGGAUGGGGGCCUCGAACCCCACGCUGCCUCCAAUGACUCCGACUCAGAACUGGAGGAGGCCUCGGACCUGCCGUCCCCGGCGGGUGGGGCGGCCCUGCACCGCCUCGGCUUCCUGGAGAAGCUGGGCAGCGAGGCGGGCGCGGAGGGCGGCCGGGACAGCCGCAGCGGCAGUGAGGAGCAGCUGGGCACUGCCACCGGGGAGGGGGAGGAUGGGCCCGGGCCUGGGGUCUGGGAGGACCUCGGGGAGGAGCCGGUCCAGCGGCUCGCCGAGCACAAUACCAACCAGUGCAACAACGUGGCUGCGGCCCGCCUGCCAGCCGUGAGGCUCCGCGGCGGGCGGCUGGCAGGGGGCGCAGGCUGGGAGAGGCGGCCAGAGUUCGUGUAGCUGGGGCAGCGGGCAGGUCUGCUCCAGGCUCCUGUCCCUGCGGACACGUCACCGAGAGGCCUCUCCUUCCGCCCACAGCGGCAAGGGCAUCACUGGCCAACUUUUCCAGAAGCUUCUGCCCACGCUGCUCCGCACGCCCACCAGGCCCCACUCCGCUGAGCUGGGGGGAUUCUGCUCUUGGAGUCGCCCAGGCUGUGAUGGAGGGACCCUGCCCAC